UAGUACACUAAAUUAGUCAUUAGUCGAGGUCAAUGUUUUGAGUGUUGAAUACAACAACUGUAAUGGGUUCAUAUUCAAAGAAGACUUCAGCGGAAUGGUUUAUAGAACAGCUAAAUGUGGAAAAUGCGAAGCUCCUGGCUUUUGUACUUGUGCUUGGGUUCAUCGGUUACCAUGGGAUAUUGCAUUUACGAUAUGGUCCCGACUCUUGCACCUGGUUGUUAUCAUCUGGUCGGUAUAAAGGAGAUCAUGAAUGGCAACCAUAUGGAUGUAUGUUGCAUAAGUAUUCCAAGACAGAUGCAAGAAGAUGUUUACGGUAUUUAGCGUUUUGGGGGAAAUACAACAGUUUCGCUUUUAUAGGAGACUCCAGGCUGGAACAAUUGUAUGAAUACUUUAUAGGCGUGCUAAAAACUCGUAUAGAGAUAGAUUCGUCCUACUCAACUGUAGACCAUCAUAUGCCGAACUAUACAUAUGUGGACAAUAAGUUGAAAUUGUCCGUUACGUUUAUAUGGAGCGAUGACGUCUCUAGAACAAUGGUCGAUCAAUUUAGGACGUGGCAAUAUUCAGACAGACCUCCAUCAGUGAUUGUAGCAAGUACAGGAUUACAGUUGAUCAAGAAUCGUAACACUACUGAACAAGUGCUAGAAGAAUAUAAAAGGAACCUAACGCAAUUAGUUCAGCCUAUCGACUCGCUUGCGGGUCACAAGACACAAGUUCUAUGGAAGUUACUGGAGUCUGUCGAUACAACGAAAAUUAAAAACGACGUCAAGAUCAGCAACAGCGAUAUUGACGCUUAUAACAGAGCGGCAAUAGAGAUACUGCAGCACAGCGCAAUAAAGCUAUGGAACUCUCCGAGACUAGCGGCCGCGGCCGCUUCGUCUACCGACGGCCUGAGCAUCAGCCCCACUGCCCUGAAGCACUCGGCGCAGAUCCUGCUGAACAUGUACUGCAACGACCACAUGAACUUCAACGACGGCUCGUGCUGCGCGGAGCCCGAGCCCUGCACGCCGCUGCAGCUGCUCACCUUCGCGCUCUUCCUGCUCUGUGCAGUGUUAGCCGGAAUACAAAGCAUUUGGCGCUGGUCUCAGAUAUUCAGACAGAGAAUGGAAGGUUAUGCACUUGUUAAUCAGAAUAAUGUGGAAAGUCCAUCAGCCAUGAUUGCCAUGGCCAAGCUUGGGAUGAUCAUGGCGUAUUUCUACCUGUGUGAUAGAACUAAUUUCUUUAUGAAGGAAAAUAAAUAUUAUUCGGAAUGGAGUUUUUGGUUGCCAGUCGGUUAUGUAUUCGCGCUUGGGUUGUUUUUUACGGACGAGUCGAGGUCUACUAGAGUAUUAAACCGAGAACAGACAAACGAAUGGAAAGGUUGGAUGCAAUUAGUAAUACUGAUAUACCAAGUGACGGGUGCAAGUAAAGUAUUACCUAUAUACAUGUUAGUAAGAGCCCUUGUGUCUUCGUACCUUUUUCUGACUGGAUACGGACAUUUCUACUAUAUUUGGAAAACUGGGGACACGGGUAUUGUCAGAUAUUUCAGAGUGAUUUUUAGAUUGAAUUUCCUUACUGUCGUACUGUGUCUGACGAUGAACAGGCCGUAUCAGUUUUAUAGCUUCAUACCGUUGGUGUCUUUCUGGUUCACGUUGAUGUUCGUAAUAUUCGCCCUACCGCCGCACAUAACCCAGUCGUCGAACCACACUAUCGAAACGAAGCCGUACCAAUAUUUGUACAUAGUGAUAAAAGUGAUCGGUCUCCUAACAAUAGUGACGGUCCUGUACAUGAGCGAAGUGUUCUUUCAAAAGAUAUUCGUUACGAGGCCGUGGAAAGCGCUGUUUGUGAAUGCCGAUGAUGAUAUACACCAGUGGUGGUACGCUUGGAAGCAAGAUAGAUACUCAAUGUGCUACGGUAUUAUGUUCGCACUGGCCUACCUUGUAGCACAGAGGCAUGGAAUACCCGAAGAACUAUUUACCACUCGAGCCACACUUUUGGCCACUUUACUGGCUGUAAUCGCAAUGGCUGCCUACGUGGCUCUGGCACUACUCUGCGAUAGUUCAUCAUGUGAUGAGAUCCACAGCUACGUAGCCUGGCUGCCCAUAGCCGCCUAUGUGAUGUUAAGAAACUUAGGCUCCAGUCAACGUUCAUCAGCGCUAUUCCGAUGGGUCGGGGCCAUAACCCUGGAACUAUUCGCCAGCCACUCCCAUAUCUGGUUAGCGGCUGAUACUCACGGGGUUCUGGUGUUGGUCCCAGGGUCUCCAGUACUGAAUUUGAUGAUCACGUCAUAUGUCUUCGUGUUUGCUGCGCAUGAGAUCAGAAAACUGACGCAGGUAAUACUUCCAUAUGCUGUUCCUGAUGAUUGGAGAUUGGUUUUAAGGAAUUUCGCUAUCUUUCUUGCGGUUUUGGUGCCGAUCGGUAUUCAUGAUGGGAUGUUCUAAUCUUGUAUUUUGAUAAUGUUUCUGGAUCUUAAUGAUUACCUCAUACCUAGCGUUUGGAGUUGAGGAACUUCGCCAUUUUCCUUGCAGCUUGGUGUACAAGUAAAAAUCAAAAA